AUGGCACCAACGGCAAAACAGAGUGCAAAGGCCAUGUUCAAGACUUCUUCGCCUUUCACAGACACACAAUGGCCUCAGAUAUCGCAGCAGGAUCAAGACAUCCUACUCGACCUGAUUUGCAAUCUCAUCACACCUCUCGGCGACCAUCGCCGGAAUCACAUACACCCUUCCAAGGGCAAAAAGCGGAAAAGACCCUGUAAAGCUGCCCAGAAUGACACGACCAUGGGCGAGGCUCCACCACCUCCACCAGAAAUAGGCAAGCACAUGCUCAUCGGGCUCAAUAGCGUGACACGACACCUUGAGGCUCUGGCUGCGAGGAAUGGCCCAUCAACGUCGCCAUUUGCAACCCUGAAGAGCGAUGAGAAAGAGACUGGAGCGAAGAAAGCGGGCAGACAAGAUGUGGAGAGUGGCGAGGACUCGAGGCCUCUGAGCAUGGUCAUACUAACCCACCCCAAGCCCUCUCUCUCACCCGCUCACGCCCACCUGCCUACACUGGUCCACCUCUCCACCCUGUCUCCACCCUCCACACCACAGUCACCAACUGCAACAACCCGACUUAUCCCCCUGGCCACCUCCACCGACGGCCGACUAGCGUCCAAGCUGCAUAUCCCCCGCGUUGGCGCACUAGGCAUCUUCCAAGACGCCCCUGGAGCCAAGGCAUUAGAAGACUUUGUCAGAGAGAAUAUUGGGCUGACGGAGUGUGUGUGGAUCGACGAGGCUAUGAAAGCAGAUUGGAGGGGUGUAAACGUCAAGACUGAGGCUUCUGGGUCACACAAGUAA